GGCUUCACACCCCUGUGCAAGGUGCUGCCAGCUGACGUGGUCAUGGCGUUCCUGAACACCCUCUUCACGCGCUUUGACGCCAUGCUGGACCAUUACCGGGUGUACAAGGUUGAGACCAUCGGCGACUGCUACAUGGUCGCCGGGGGCCUUAUUCGCGAGGACGAGGACGGCAUGGCGGCAGUCCAGGGAGGGGGGACUGUGGACCCGGACCAGGCGGCCAAUGUGGUGGGAUUCGCAAAGGUGCGGGUGUCGUGUGUCCGCCUCCCCACCACGGGCGCUCCCGUGAAGAUCCGCGUGGGCAUACACAGCGGGCCCGUGGUCAGCGGAGUGGUGGGAACACGCAUGCCGAGGUUCUGUCUGUUUGGAGACACAGUAAACACG